UCUAAUUUUCAUAUUUUCCAGGGAAAACUGAGGCUGCUAUCAGAAACUUCAGUCCCUACUACAGUCGCCAGUUCUCUGUGGCUUUCUGCAAUCACGUACGCAGUGAGGUCGAACAGCAAAGAGACUUCACAUCACAAUUUCUGAAGACCAAGCCACCGUUGGAGCCUGGAACUGUUCUGUAUGAAGGAGAGCUAACACAGUUCGCUGAGGACAUAAAGAAAUGGAAGGAGAGAUACGUGGUGGUUAAAAAUGACUUUGCUGUGGAAAGCUAUGAGAACAAAGAGGCUUAUCAGAGAGGAACCCCCCCAAAAAGCCGAAUUCUCCCAGCUGGUGGCAAGGUGUUGACCUCAGAAGAGGAAUACAAUUUGCUAUCUGAUCGGCAUUUUCCGGACCCUGUUGCGUCCAGUGAGAAGGAGAGCGCACAGCCCUUCGUGGUCCUGCCCAAGGAGUUCCCGGUGUACCUGUGGCUGCCCUUCCUCAGACACGGCUACUUCUGCUUCCAGGAGGCCGCAGACCAGAAGAAGUUCAGUGCUCUCCUGAGCGACUGCAUCAGACAUCUGAAUCACGAUUACUCGAAACAGACAACAUUUGAAGCCCAAGCCUUUUUGGAAGCUGUGCAAUUCUUCCGACAGGAGAAGGGACACUAUGGCUCGUGCGAGAUGAUCACUGGGGAUGAAAUCCAGAUCCUGAGUAACCUGGUGAUGGAGGAGCUCCUGCCAACUCUUCAGACAGACCUCCUGCCCAAAAUGAAGGGGAAGAAAAAUGACAGAAAGAGGGCCUGGUUCGGCCUCCUGGAAGAGGCCUACACCCUGGUUCAGCAUCAAGUUUCAGAGGGAUUCAGUGCCUUGAAGGAGGAAUGCAGGGCUCUGGCCAAGGGCCUGGAAGGAACCAUCCGCUCAGACAUGGAUCAGAUUGUGAACUCAAAGAACUUCUUAAUUGGGAAGAUCAAAGCGUUGGUGGCCCAGCCAGCAGAGAGAAGCUGUGUGGAGAGUGUGCAGCCAUUCCUGGCGUCCAUCCUGGAGGAGCUCAUGGGACCGGUGAGCUCAGGAUUCAGUGAAGUACGUGCACUCUUUGAAAAACAAGUGGAUGAACUCAGCCAGAACUUUCAGACCGCCAAAGACAGUGCCCAGCUAAAGGAGCAUCUGGACCGGCUUACGAGUCUUCCACUGGACUCCAUGAAGAUGGAACCUUGUUAUAUUAAAGUCAACCUGCUUCAGGAGCACCUGCAGGAUCUCAAGAGCCGUUUCAGAUUCCCCCACAUCGAUCUGGUGGUUCAGAGGACCCAGAACUACAUGCAAGAGCUAAUGGAGAAUGCAGUGUUCACGUUCGAGCAGCUGCUCUCCCCACAUCUCCAAGGCGAGGCCCCCAAAACCACAGUCGCCAUCGAGAAGGUUAAGCUCCGAGUCUUAAAGCAAUACGAUUAUGACAGCAGCACCGUCCGGAAGAGGAUAUUUCAAGAGGCGCUGGUUCAGAUCACACUCCCCACCGUGCAGAAGGCCCUGGCGUCCAUGUGCAAACCGGAACUUCAGAAAUAUGAGCAGUUCAUCUUCGCAGAUCACACCAACAUGAUCCACGUUGAAAAUGUCUACGAGGAGAUUUUACAUCAGAUCCUCCUUGAUGAAGCCCUGAAAGUGAUAAAGGAAGCUGCUGUCCUGAAGAAACACAAUUUAUUUGAAGACAACAUGGCCUUGCCCAGUGAAAGCGUGUCCAGCUUAACUGAUCUGAAAACCCCUUCAGGAUCAAACCAGGCCAGCCCUGCCAGGAGAGCCUCGGCCAUCCUGCCAGGAGUCCCAGAUACUGAGAGCCCGAGUGAGGAGGUGUUCCAGGAGCCAGCGGGGGGGAAUCAGCGGGGGGUCCUGAGCCCACUGGCCAAAGGAGAAAGCCUUUCUGCCCCCCUUCCCAGCCCUCCCCCAGAUGGAGACGGGCAGGGCAUCGUUUCAGGCGUGGGUGACCCUGUUGUGAGCCCGGUGGCCGCAGAGCACACAGCCGGAGCCCUGGGCACACGCUCAUCAGAGCUGGAGUUCGGAGAGACCCCCGAGGCCCAAGAGCCCACCUCUGCCUCGGGCUCUUUGAAGGAGCUCAGAGAUCUGCUGACGGUGGCCGUCGAGGUCCCAGUGGGGCCUGCCCCGCUCAAGAUUGAGGAAGAUGCGAACGAGGAGACCCCUGCUCCCCAAGACGGUGAAAAAGAAGAGGCAACAACCCAGACCGACGCAGAGGCCAGCCACGCAGCUGCCCCCGGCCGGGACAGCUGUGAAGGAAGCCAAGUCGGCGGGAGGGAGGCCGCGCGUCCCCCUCCGGAGCCCGAGGCGGGCGGCGCGGAGGUGGGGGCUCUUGCAGAGCCUCAGCCGGCCUGUGGGGCGCUCGGUGAGGGGCCGGGUGAGGGCCCCGCGGGCUCGGGCCUCGCACCGGAGCCAGGGGAGGCCGGGGAGGCCGGGGGGCCCGGGGAGCCGGAGCCUGCAGCGCGCGCUUCCGGACAGGACGCGCUUGACGGCGGGGAGGCGGCGCGCGCCCUGGAGGCUGAGGCUGUGCCCCGGGAAGACUGCGUUUUCAGCUCCGCCCCGACCAGCCCCCGUGAGAGCCAGGCUUCUGCGGAGGAAGCAGCAGGAGCGGGGAGCAGCCCCGCCCAGGCUGCCAGCAGCCAGGAUGCGGAGGAGCGCGAGGCUGCCCGCGCUCCCGAGUGUCAGUGGGUGGUGGAGAGUGGGCCAGGUCCCGACAUCCUGGAUUCACAGAAAGAGGAUCCCUCAGCCCAGCCCUCGGAGGAGUGAGAGAGACAACGUAGCGAACCUCAGCGAGAGAAUACAGCUAUGGGGUGGCAUCCAAGUUGUUUACCCCCCCCCCAAAAAGUAAUAAGUACUUCCUUAACUCGUCUAAUGAAACCACGUGGGUGCAAGCACUGAGGCAAACCUUUACGGAAUUCAUCUGUUCCACCACAAGUAAUUGCUUGAGCAUUUCAAUAGGAAUUACAAAGGUAACGGAGUGCUGGGGGUGAGGGGCCGCUGAGGGGGUCCAGGGAGGGGAUGCGCUGCAGGGAAGACAGGGAACAGUAGGGACAGCCUGCUCAUUUUUUUCUAACGCACUUUAAGGCUUUAAAGUAUCUUUUUUUUGUAAGAAUGCAAAUGUAUCCUGCAAAUCCAGCUUCACCGUCUACUACAGCACCCUCAGCAUCUCUUAAGGGCUCAGCUUCGUCCACAGUCAGGCUGCAAGAAAGGAAGGGGGUGAACACCGAACACCCCGCCCCGCGCUGUGUGCAGCCCCACAGAGCCUGAGACGUCUCAGGGGGCUCUGAGCAGAAGCCAAGGAAGGCUGUAGUCUGUGGGACCGUCUGGACCUGUUACUCAUUCAGCGAUCAACUUCUUAUUAAUUAAUCUUGUUGAUUCUUACUAACUAAUCACUUUUUGGAGAAAGUCAGAUGAGGCAAGAAAAUUUCCUUGGCAUUUGAAGCCUGAAAGCAUUCCCAAUUAGCCUUAAACUGGGCAGAGAAAGAGCUUAGCUAAACUACCAAGCAUGAAGCCUACCAAUUAAACAUUGUCUGAGCAGCUAUUCUGUGCCACAUGCUGUGUUAGGCACAGUAAUCAAAAAAACAAAAAGAAAGAAAAAGAAAACAAAAAAAGAGAAAA